CUUAAGUUCAAAAGGAAAUGAGCAACAGAGUGGAAAUCUUUUACAAGGGGCAAAAGGCCCUCCUGAACGUAUUCUCGCUGUGGCCCCAAAACGAACGCCAUUGGAGGAUCUUUCAUCAGGUUAACCACGUGCAUGUGAUGGGAUUUUGGGUGCUGCUCUUUGAUCUCCUGCUCGUGAUGCAUGUGGUGGGCAACCUGAGCUCGAUGUCCGAGGUUGUAAGGGCCAUCUUUGUCCUGGCCACCAGUGCGGGACACACCACCAAGCUGCUGAGCAUCAAGGCCAAUAAUGUGGAACUGGAGGAGCUCUUUAAGAGGUUGGACGAGGAUGAUUUUCGACCAAGGGGCGUUGAAGAGGAGUUGAUCCUGGCAGCUGCCUGUGAAAGGAGUAGGAAGCUCAGGGAUUUUUAUGGCGCUCUGUCGGUGGCCGCCUUGUCCAUGAUCCUUAUACCCCAAUUUGUGGUGGACUGGUCCCAACUUCCACUGGGAACAUAUAAUCCGUUUGCCGACCAUCCUGGUUCACCCGGUUACUGGCUCCUCUAUUGCUAUCAAUGCCUGGCCCUGACCGUCUCCUGUGUCACCAAUAUAGGCUUCGAUUCCCUCAGCUCCUCGCUGUUCAUCUUCAUCAAGUGCCAGCUGGAUCUUCUGGCGGUGCGACUGGAUAAGAUGGGCCGGUGGAACAGUGCCGGUGGCUCCGUGGAACAGCAACUGAAGCAAAACAUCCGGUACCACAUGGCCAUUGUGGAGUUGACAGCAACUGUGGAGCGCCUUCUUUGCAAGCCAAUUUCGAUGCAGAUCUUUUGCUCCGUUUUGGUUCUCACUGCAAAUUUUUAUGCUAUAGCUCUGUUGUCCGACGAGAAGCUGGCGCUAUUCAAAUAUAUUACCUAUCAGGCGUGCAUGCUGAGUCAGAUUUUUAUAUUGUGCUACUAUGCCGGAGAGGUAACCCAACGCAGUUUGGACCUGCCCCAUGAGCUCUACAAAACAUCUUGGGUGAACUGGAACAAGGAUUCCCGUAGGAUUGUGCUGCUUUUCAUGCAACGUCUUCAUUCGACUCUGAGAAUAAGGACCUUAAAUCCCAGCCUGGGUUUCGAUCUAAUGCUUUUUAGCUCGUCGCUUGGGUUUGUGGCCUAUAAAAGGCUUUCCUCGAGGGGUUUAGCAGGAAAAGUGAAAAUCGUCAGCAUGUCUCAGCAUCAAAUGGUAACGGAUGACUUCUACAAGUACCAGGUGUGGUACUUCCAAGUUCUGGGAAUUUGGCAGCUGCCUAUUUCUGCCACAGAUCACCAGCGUCGUUUUCAGUCGAUGAGAUUUAUCCUUAUCCUGAUUAUCCUGUGCAUAAUGCUACUACUCUUUGCAUUGGAACUGCUGAGUAAUAUCUCCCAAGUGCGGGAGAUCCUAAAAGUAUUCUUCAUGUUCGCCACCGAAAUAUCCUGCAUGACCAAACUUUUGCAUUUGAGGUUGGAGAGCCGUAAGCUCGAUGGCCUGGUUGAGAUGAUGAUGUCCGAGGAUUUCACCGUAAAAAGUGAGGAGGAAAGGUUGAUUUUGGAAUCGGCUAGAAAGGCGGUUGUUCAUAUGAGGAACUUCUAUGGCAUCACGUCCUGGGGAGCGGCUUUGCUGAUCCUCCUGAUUCCCUGUUAUGCCAACUACGAGGAGCUCCCGCUGGCCAUGCUCGAGGUGUGCAGUAUUCAGGGAAGGCUCUGCUAUGGCUUGCAGUACCUCUUCCAUACGAUUUCCCUGCUGCCGACUUGUGUCCUGAAUAUAACCUACGAUUCGGUGGCCUUUUCCUUGCUCUGCUUCUUGAAGGUUCAGCUCCAAGUGCUGGUCCUAAGACUGGAAAAGUUGGGACCGGCAAAUUGUUACCCAGAUAAUGAGAGGAUAGGCAGGGAACUGCGUGAAUGUGCCGCCUAUUACAACAAAAUUGUGCAGUUCAAGAAUCUGGUGGAGUUAUUCAUUAAGGUUCCGGGAUCCGUGCAGCUCAUGUGCUCUGUGCUGGUACUGGUUUCCAAUCUGUAUGACAUGUCCACCAUGUCCGUUGCCAAUGGGGAUGCCAUCUUUAUGGCCAGGACCUGCAUCUACCAACUGGUUAUGCUCUGGCAGAUCUUCAUCAUUUGCUACGCCUCCAACGAUGUGACUGUUCAGAGCUCCAGGCUUUGUCACGGCAUCUACAGCGCCCAGUGGACGGGAUGGAACAGGUCGAAUCGCCGGAUUCUUCUGCUCAUGAUGCAGCGCUUCAAUUCACCGAUGGUCCUGCGCACCUUUAAUCCCACCUUUGUUUUCAGCUUGGAAGCCUUUGGUUCUAUUGUAAACUGCUCUUACAGCUAUUUCGCAUUGCUAAAGCGGGUCAACAGUUAGAUUAC